AUGGCACCGCUUCCAUCAGUACGCGUAACUCCUGCUCGAGCAUUUGCAUAUUCGGGGUUGGAUUACUGCGGGCCGUUUCUCGUUCGUCCGUUGGUUGGGAGAGGAGCGUCGGUAAAAAUCUACGUCGCGUUAUUCGUGUGCUUAGUGGUGAAGGCCGUCCAUCUCGAAGUUGUCGCCGUUCUGACGUCGGUCGCGUGUAUCAAUGCCGUGAAACGUUUCGUGGCACGCUGCGGUCGAGUGCUAGAAUUACACUGCGAUAAUGCGACUGCUUUCGUCGGGGCAGAUCGUCAGCUUAAAGCUGCGCGCCAAGCUUUCCGCGAACAGUUUCUUAACAAGGAGUGGGACAACUACUUCGUCAACAGCGGAAUCACGUUUCGCUUCAUCCCAGCCCGAUCGCCGCAUUUUGGUGGGCUAUGGGAGGCUGGCAUCAAAUCGUUCAAGUAUCACUUUCGUCGCAUCAUGGGAUGCAAGGCGUUCAACAUGGACCAGCUGCUAACCGUUGUGACCCAAAUCGAAUCCAUCCUGAAUUCUCGUUUUUAG